GAUUUAGUACGCAAGUGUUGAAAAGUGACGCUGCCGAGAAGGCGGAAACGUCGAGUUUUCCCCUGUAGCCAUGGCGCAGGUCUGCUGCCUGUUCGGCCUGCUGCUGCUGCUGUUCAGCUUCGAGGCGUCCGAUGCUGUCGAUGCCAACUGCGACUUUCUGCAGAAGCUCGAGCUCGGCAAGACCUACUUCAUAACGAAUCCGAACUAUCCGAACAACUACACGGCAUCUCGCUCUUGCCGCUGGCACGCUACUAGUGACACUCGAGUUAGAAUCACCUGCAACGAGUUCAACAUCCCAGCUAGUCCGAAUUGCGAGGCCGAUACCUUCAAUGUGUAUACGGACCCCGUGUCGGGCCCGCGUAGAUAUUGCGGCAGCGGCGACUUUAGCAGGGAUUCGACCGGCAAAGAGAUGAUCAUCACGCUGACAAGCGCGAACAACUCGAGAGGAGGUACAUUCAGGUGUUUUUUCGAAGCCAUCGAAGAGGAAGAAUGUAGAUGCGGAUGGAAGAAGCCGACUAAAAUAGUAGGCGGCCGAGAAACUGGCAUCAACGAGUACCCUAUGAUGGCGGGAAUCAUCAACGUUCCCAUCCAGCAAGUCUAUUGCGGCGGUACGAUCAUAUCGCCCAAACACAUUCUCACCGCUGCCCACUGUCUUAACAAGCUCGCGGUAAACGACUUGGGCAUUCUCGUUGGGGAUCACGACCUCACCACCGGCUCAGAGACGAAUGCAACGAAAUUGUACCGGGCCGCCAGUUACGUAAUACACCCCUCGUACGUGUCGAACAAAAAGGAUUACGAUAUAGCUGUCAUUACGAUUGCCGGCACGAUCACUUACACGAACGAAGUUGGCCCAGCUUGUCUGCCAUUCCAGCAUUAUUUGGACAGCUUCGGCGGUUCCUUCGUCGAUGUGCUAGGCUGGGGAACAACCGAAUUCGCCGGUGCACCGUCGAACACCCUGCAGAAGGUCAGGCUCAGCAUUACAAACUUUCUGUCCUGCAAGAGCUACUUCCAGAACCUCGAGUACAGGCAAAUAUGCACGUACGCCGAAGGAAAGGACGCUUGUCAGUUUGAUAGUGGCGGUCCUGUUCUAUGGCAAAAUCCGACAACUCGAAGGCUCGUACUCGUCGGCAUUAUCAGCUACGGUAGUUUUUGCGCAAGCGAGGAGCCCGCAGUAAACACAAGAGUUGGUUCGUUUGUUGAUUGGAUAACCUCGGUGACGACAGGAGCAUCGUACUGUCAAAAUGAGUGAUAUUAUACACAAGUAACAAGUUCCUUGAAAAAUAGAUUUUGCGUUCGUUAUUCAACCAUGUAGUUACAUAUAGACUUCGUAAUCGUAUCAUCAUCUUUUAGUCAUUGACAAUAAAACACAAGUUAU